AUGGAGGAUGAAGAGAAGAAGAAGAAGAAGAGAGGAAGAAGAGAAGUUGAAGAAGCGAAGUUGAAGUCGAGGCGGACGAAGAAGAAAGUUGCAGUUUUGGCUCAAAAGGGGAAAAAGGCAAAAAGAGACGCGCGCUAA